GCUUCUCCGGGGGUGGCCCAGCCAUGGCCGCGCCCCCUCCCCCCGGCAUCACCGCCCUCCCUCCUUCCCCCGUUACCGUGGCCGGGGCGGCAGCGGGAGGCUCUGAGCCGCGGCCCCGCAGGAGCUGCUCGACCCCGGCGGCGAGUACCGCGGACCGCCUGGAGCUGCUGCCGCUGGAGUCCAUGGCGUACACCAUGACUCCCAUGCCAACAGGGCCUGUCGGCUCCCAGUACUGCGUAUGCAAGGUCGAGUUGUCUGUCUGCGGCCAAAACCUUCUGGACAGGGAUGUCACUUCCAAAUCUGACCCCUUCUGCGUCCUUUUCAUGGAAGUCAGCGGGAAGUGGGUGGAGCUCGACAGGACGGAGACAGCUGUGAACAACCUCAACCCAGCUUUUGCCAAGAAGUUUGUCAUUGACUACCACUUUGAAGAAGUUCAGAAGCUCAAGUUUGCCCUAUUUGACCAGGACAAGUCAAGCAUGCAGUUGUAUGAGCAUGAUUUCCUUGGUGAAUUCUCCUGCACACUGGGCGUGAUUGUCUCCAGCAAGAAAAUAACAAGGACUCUCCUUUUGGGGAAUGGCAAACCAGCUGGGAAAGGGAUGAUAACGAUAGCUGCCCAAGAGCUCUCUGACAACAGGGUGAUUACUCUGAGCAUGGCUGGCAGAAAACUGGAUAAAAAGGACCUGUUUGGAAAGUCAGACCCUUUCUUGGAGUUCUAUAAACCAGGUGACGAUGGGAAAUCUAUGCUGGUCCACAGAACAGAGGUGGUCAAGUACACGCUGGACCCCACCUGGAAGCCCUUCACUGUGCCUUUGGUGUCACUGUGCGAUGGAGAUGUGGAGAAGCUGAUAAAGGUGGUGUGUUACGACUAUGACAGUGAUGGAGGACAUGACUUCAUUGGGGAGUUUCAGAUCUCAGUGGCCGGGAUGUGCAAAGCCCAAGAUGCCUUUCCACUUGAGAUGGAGUGCAUUAACCCCAAAAAGCAAAAGAAGAAAAAGAAUUACAAGAACUCGGGGAUCAUAAUUGUCAAUUCCUGCAAAAUAACCAGAGAUUUCUCCUUUCUGGACUACAUCCUGGGAGGCUGCCAGCUGAUGUUUACUGUUGGGAUUGACUUCACAGCCUCCAAUGGGAACGCUCGAGACCCCUCCUCUUUGCACUACAUCAACCCCAUGGGGACAAACGAAUAUUUGUCAGCUAUCUGGGCUGUUGGCCAGAUCAUCCAGGACUAUGACUCAGACAAGAUGUUUCCUGCUCUGGGAUUCGGCGCCCAGCUCCCGCCAGACUGGAAGGUAUCCCAUGAAUUUGCCAUUAACUUCAAUCCCACAAACCCAUUCUGUUCAGGUGUGGAGGGCAUUGUUCAAGCAUACUCGGCCUGUCUGCCCCACAUCCGCUUCUAUGGACCCACCAACUUCUCCCCUAUCGUCAACCACGUGGCUCGCUUUGCGUCUCAGGCCACCCAACAAGAAGCUGCAUCUCAGUACUUCAUCCUCCUCAUCAUCACGGACGGGGUGAUCAGCGACAUGGAUGAGACGAGACACGCCGUGGUGCAGGCAUCCAAGCUGCCCAUGUCCAUCAUCAUCGUGGGGGUCGGCAACGCUGACUUUGCUGCCAUGGAGUUUCUGGAUGGGGAUAGCCGGGUGCUGCGCUCCCACACCGGCGAGGAGGCUGUGCGUGACAUUGUCCAGUUUGUGCCCUUCCGGGAUUUUCGCAACGCCCCCAAGGAGACCCUGGCCAAAGCUGUGCUGGCAGAGCUGCCCCAGCAAGUCGUGCAGUACUUCAAGCACCAAAACUUGCCGCCCAUCAACUCGGAGCAGGCAUAGAGCUGUGCAAGGCUGCGCCCCCUGCAUGUUGCCGAAGUCCGUUGGUCCUACUGGAAAUGCAUGUUCCACAUGCUUUUAAGAGAAAAAUACCCCCCCAAAACACUUUGUAAUUUUUAAUUUAGUUGCUAAGUUCGUAAAACUCAUUUCAGAGAAACAUGUGGAUUCAUUUUGUAUAGUCCCAACCUGAGGUGACAUUGAUUAGCCCGGCCAUGCCCUCAUCCCACUCUGUUGUGUCACUUUUCAGUAUUGAAUGUACUUUGUAUCAUUUCAGUGGAACAGGAUACAAUUUUUACAAUCAAAACUUGCUUUUUCCAAGUAAUGAAAUGCUUAAUAUAUUAUUGUCAUUCAAUGAACUGGUCAUUGUAUAGUUCAUGUAUCUGUAUUGUACCGGUACAUCUGUCACUCUCUGCAUUCAUUUUUAUACUGUGUACAUGUUAUAUUUGUUAUACUCAGGUUAAUAAAGAAACUUGGACAUUUAAAACAA